AUCUUAACAGUUCAAUGCCCCAGCAUGGGUAUACUGAAUAAUAAAUCGCUCGUGAAAAAUAACUCUCUUUUGUGGGUCCACUUUGGUGAUUUUGGACGCAUUAUUUCCUCUCAAGAGUUUUAUUCUGUACUCCAUCCUUUGCAUUUUCAGCUGAAGUAAAGCCCCGGAGUUCCUCUCCCUUUUUCAUCACUGUGGCCUUAUUAAGGGAGUUUUUCCAUGUGGUUAUAUCCACAGACUCGGUGACAUAGAGAUGAGCUGUUUAUUGAGCCUUUUUGCACAGCAGUCUGUGCUCCGGGAUUUACUGUGCGCCGAUUGGCCCACAAACCCUCGAAUGAUCCGCUCGGAAUUUGCACUGAAUGAGUGAGUGAACGAGUACGUGAAUUUUGGGGGGAAGACGGCAGGAAGAAUUUGGGAUGUAUAGAGCUUAAAAUGAACCCGAAGGAAGCAGGGGUGAACAAAGUGAGCUGGUGUGUGAAUGUGACUGAAUACCGCAAGAGAGAAGCACAAAUCUGAGCUCUGUAAGUCUGAAAUAUUUCUCAUCUUUUUUUCUUAUGGGCCUGCCUCCCGCUGUCUGCUGCCAUUAUUGUAGAUUUAAUCGAUAAACAGCCGAUUAACGUCAAUUGAUUAGCUGUUUGUGGCAGAACUGCUCUGAUUUUCAGUCUGAACUACAUUUGUGUUUGUAUUCUGCGACCAAAUGCCUUCACUCGCUGCUUCAUAUUGAAAUUUCACAUUCAGAUGCAGCGACGGACUGGUAGAGAGUAUUUUCUAUAUAUAACUACAUAAGAAUACGCAUGUUGCAUUUACGGCCACGAUUAAAGCCUGUUCUGGCCAAAUGAUGCACACUCCACACGUGAAAAUCCGCCCUGCUUCCUCCUCUGCCGCCUCCUGCCUGUCGGAUUUCAUCAUCAAUAAUUAGUGAAGAUUUUGCCCUGCUCUUUGUCUGACUUCACCAAUCAGCUGGGUGCUUACAGUAAAGAGAGCAACAGGUUAAACAGCGGCUCCAAAUGCUCCCCCUGCGCAGUCGGGAAGGAGGGUGACACACUGACCAGUCUCACAUCCAGGUGUCAGACUUUGUCUGUCUGUGUUUCAGAGUGCAGGUGGAGGAUCCAGACUACAGUCAGUGCUGAGGAUGGGAGGUGGAGGCCAGCUGACGGAGGCAGGAGAGAGCCAAGCCGCUGGAGUUUACACCUGGGAGGAGGUUCAGAGACACUGCAGCAGGAACGACCAAUGGCUGGUUAUUGAUCGUAAGGUGUACAACAUCACGCAGUGGGCCCAAAGACACCCGGGAGGCUUCAGGGUCAUCAGUCACUAUGCUGGAGAGGAUGCCACGGUAACAUGUUGAACAUUAUCAAAGUCAGUAUGGGUGUUGGCAGUCUUGUGUCAGCCAUGAGACAUGACUAAGUAGAUUUAUGCUUCUCAUAUAUUUCAAAUUUUAUGUCUUCUUUUGGUAUAGGGGAGAGUGGGGUAGGAUGAGCCAUUUUUCAUAUUUUGGAUCCCUACAUCAAUGCAGUCUUGUCUCUAACUAGCGAAUCUGUAUAUAUUUCAAGAUGUUGUGAAUCCCUGCAAACCAACAGAAUGAGUGUAAACGUAACUGUCUUGAUAAUAUAGCAUGACAAAAACAAAGUGGUCUCCUAUGGUCAACUUACCCCGUAUAUGGGGUAAGUUGACUCAACCUACCCUUUGGCUCAACUUACCCCACUCUUCCCUUCUUCCAAAAUUAUACAUUUUUAAAAAAUAGUUAUAGGUAUUUUCACCUUUUGGAUAAGACAACUACAAAGAGACAAUAAAUGCAAGGGGUAGAAAAUGUGGAGUCAGGAGUCGAACUAGUAACCACUGGGAUUAUGACUCUAACCUCUUGAGUGCAGGUUUAAAGUCCAAUCAGCAGCCCUAGUCAUCUACAUUAAUCUGGCAACUAUAGUUACGGAACAAAUUCAGAUUCACAAUUAGAACAGUUUACAGUGUAAAAUGUAGCACUAAAUAUCAAACCGCAUGUGCCCUACAUGUUGGUUUGUGGCAUGCUGGUAAUUAUAGUCUGUUGGUGCUCUUCAUCCAAGAGGUAUUUCACAUCCAAACUUUAAGAUGAUGUGAUCUGAGUAUUAUAGUCAUUGACUUCCCCUGACUUUUCCUAAUUUGUUUCUGGAUGAGGUUUUUCCUUUUUAAAACAGAGGAGUAAAAACAGGGUGUGUCAAAAUUUCUACAGAUCAUAAAGCCACCUGAGACAAACAGUGUUUAAUGGACACAGAUGUAUAAAGUGGCCCUUUUAAGCUGUGAUAGCUAAACUUUCUUAGAGUGUAUAAAGUAAAAUUAACCUCACCUUGACUAUAUGCAACAUUAAAUGUUUACACACGUCAAAGCGGUCCAAGUGUGUCCCAUAAAAAGAGGCUAUAGUACUCAUUGCAGCAGUUGAUGGUUCAACCCCCAACCGUGAGCCACUGCUGCAUGUCCCCAACUCCCUCAUCCCCAUAUCUCAGUCCUGCUUCCCCUCAGCUGUCCUCUCCAAGAAAAGCAAAGUCAUAACUUUAAAAUGUUCUUCACACAAAUAUAUAGCAUAGCAAGUUAGACAUACCCUGUACUACACUUUUGGUUCCUGAGUACAUUUUGCUGAUAAUAGUGGAUUUUCUUAUUGGUCAUGUUGGUGCUUAUUUUGAUAAAAUCCAAGUGCAACUUUCUAUUUAAUGCCUCACUGACAGGAUCUGUCCUCUCUCUGCUCCAGGAAGCGUUCACUGCUUUCCAUCCCGAUUUGAAGUUUGUUCAGAAGUUUCUGAAGCCUCUGCUGAUUGGAGAGCUGGCAGCAUCAGAGCACAGCCAGGACCGGGACAAAAAUGUGAGCUUCAUGUGAAAUAACGUCACGCUAUUCAUGUAGUAGUGUCAGUGACAUGUAGAGAAACACCUGAGGAAAUGAAGUCAGUCUGGGUUGUUCACUGGUCUGUUUCUUAUUCAUGAGUCUUACAGAGCUCAGUUCGGGCCACUCACGUUUCAUUUGUGGUUAAAUAACUCAAACUGCAUCCUUUUUGUACUACUGCGUGUCCACUAAUGUUCAUGUUUGUCUUAAACCUGGCUAAUGUCUCCUUCUCUGCUCUUAGGAGGCCAUCAUUCAAGAUUUCCUCAGUUUGCGUUUGCAGGCAGAGAGAGAGGGUCUGUUUCAAGCCCAGCCUCUGUUCUUUUGUCUCCACCUGGGUCAUAUCCUACUGCUGGAGGUCCUCGCCUGGCUUAUCAUCUGGCUCUGGGGAACCAGCUGGACCCUGACUUUCUUGUGCUCCAUCUUGCAAGCGAUUGCUCAGGUAACUCACUGAAGAACUGAGAUUCAAAUUCUGCAGCCAACAAAUUGCAAUCUGUCUUCCUUUUUUUUAAUCCCCCAGUCGCAGGCUGGAUGGCUGCAGCAUGAUUUCGGCCACCUGUCUGUCUUCAAGAAGUCCAGCUGGAACCACAUGCUGCAAAAGUUUGUCAUCGGCCAUGUGAAGGUAACUUCUGCUCUUGAUUUUACAUUCAGUAGUUUCUAAAAGUGUUCAAAGACUUCUAAAGACCGUCUUCUCAGGGAGCGUCUGCCAACUGGUGGAACCAUCGACAUUUCCAGCAUCACGCUAAACCAAACAUCUUUAGUAAGGACCCUGACGUCAACAUGCUGCACUUCUUUGUAAUCGGAGCGACUCAACCUGUGGAGGCAAGUAGCGCACCAGUCUGUGAAAAUCCAGUGUGAACCAAUGUUGAGUCUUUAACCAGCUGCUCCUGCUAACUCUUUAUCCCUCUCUGUUACAGUACGGCAUAAAAAAGAUUAAAUACAUGCCCUAUCACCACCAGCACCAGUACUUCCUCCUCAGUAUGUCUCUACUUUAUUUUAAAAGAGGUUAAAACUAGGAAAAACUGAGCACAAAUGACUGUUUUGUUGUUGUUUUUUUCUCUUUAGUCGGCCCACCGCUUCUGAUUCCAGUUUACUUCCAUGUUCAGAUAAUCCGCACAAUGAUUUCCCGUCACGACUGGGGGGUAAGAAGCUGCUUCUGACUCUUUCUCUGCUAUCAGGAUCUUUAAAAUGCCGAUAGUAUUUGACAGCACUGAAGGAAAACAAGCACCGUAGUGGAGAUAGACAAAGUGGUUAAAGAGUGGAUGAGCUGAGUUUUAGGGAGCAUUAUAUAUUUAGUUCGUCUAAUCUAUAUUUAACACAGUAACCCUGUUGUCUUUGAGCAGGAUUUGGCGUGGUCGAUGUCUUUCUACCUUCGCUUCUUGUGCUCCUACAUCCCCUUGUACGGUCUCUUGGGCUCGGUAGCGCUCAUCAGCUUUGUCAGGUAAAAAUUUCAACAACAAACUCUUAUAAAAACACAUUUUCUACAAAGUUUUGAAGCAGCUGGAUCUGAAGAGUUAAUGGGAUAAUUACUAAUCUCAGGGCUGGACACAAAGCACCAAAAUUUGAGACAGUGUUUAAAUUAUAGUUUUCAAAUCGUUAAUUUUUCGUUUUUUGUUUACUAAAGUUUCAGUUGUGGUGUAAUCAAAGGUUGUUUUGUUAAUUACAGACUACAAAAACUUCAAUGUGCUUUUCUUUUUACUCUUUUACUUUUUAUUACUUUUCAUAUUUUCUACAUGUCUAUAAAUGCUGUAUAUAAAAGUGACACUUUAUUCUGCAUCACAGUGUUCAGUGAACUGUGUAUUUCUGUUGUGAAUGGCAGGUUUUUGGAGAGUCACUGGUUUGUUUGGGUGACUCAGAUGAACCAUCUGCCAAUGGACAUUGACCACGAGAAGCACAGGGACUGGCUGACCAUGCAGGUAUCUUUAUUUUAUGAAAACAGUCUGACUCUGAUGAAAAGCACCUGGAAAUGCUGCUGCUGAUUUAUUCAACUCUCUCACUCUCUUUAUCGUCUCAUCUUCUGUUGUUAGUUACAGGCCACCUGCAAUAUUGAGAAGUCCCUCUUCAACGACUGGUUCAGUGGACACCUCAACUUUCAGAUUGAACACCAGUGAGUUAAAGCGGAGAAAGAUUGAGGGUUCAAAAGGAAAUUCGCAGGGUACUGAAUCAUGAAUGUAUGAUCAUUUUAGCUUUUUAAUAGUUUAUUUAAAGUAUUUAUAAAUAAAAACAUAUUAGAGUCCUUCACACCUAUCUGAAUUUCCUUUUGGACCCACAUUCCUUGUCUUUUUAAGUUCACAUCUGCUGUAUUUUUCUGCAAAAACAAACUGCAGUGUAAAUUAUAAAAAAAAUAAACUUGUAGGAAAUAAAAAUUUUGAGAGACAGUUGAUCAACAUUAUUGACACUGUUGCUUCUCAUUGAUUUUCUCGAUCUCGCCUCUGAAGCUUGUUUCCUACAAUGCCGCGCCACAACUACCACCGGGUGGCUCCGCAGGUCCAGGCUCUGUGUGAGAAACACGGGAUCCCUUACCAAGUGAAAACCAUGUGGCAGGGCCUCGCUGAUGUUAUCAGGUAAGUCGUAGCAAAGUUUUGUGACAGCAGAGAAAGGUAAGGGUUAUAUAAAGCCUAAAGAAUACAUGAUAUUUGCUCUGAUAGGGCUAAAGGGGUGAAUAAAAAUCACCUGGACACAGAGAAAAGUGCAAAAAUAAAACAACAAAACCACGUUUCUUUUGGCUAAUAGGAAAACUGUUUUUCUGUUUCAGGUCACUGAAGACCUCAGGAGACCUCUGGCUUGAUGCAUAUCUCCAUAAAUGACCAGGUUGAUGUCCUAAACUGCUUUGAAAAGAGUGCUUUCCUCCUCUUUGGCAUUGUUCAUUGAUUGUAUCUGUAUGGUUCCAUAACCACACAUAAGUGUGACAAUGAUCUUUUCUAAUCAGUGGUGUUUGUAGUUUGCUCUUUUUGGACUCUUUGCAGUUUGAAGCUCACACAGGUUUUCUCUAAAUCAUCUUACGGUGUUUUUGAACAACAGUUUGUACAGUCCUCUGAGUCCAGUCGUGAAAACAGAGUUAUUUCUUUAUCAUGAGAAACAGUUUUAGAGGGACAUCAUGACAAUUACACUUCUUCGUAUUUAUUCUGUAUGACUUCUUUACUUACAACUCUUUUAAUGAUUUGACAUUACACAAUAAACAGCUAUAUUGAUUGUAUUAUUCUACCACAUCUUGUAUAUGUUAUUCACAGACAAAUACAAGAAAUAUGUACAGGCAUGAUAUCAAAUAUUUAACAAAUUAUCUUUAAUCAUAUUCAUUUCAAAGUUGGUACCCUGUUAUUUACAACCAUUCAACAAAGAUUCUGUUCAAAUUUAAACUGGACUAUUUUUCAUCAGAACGACAUACUUUUUUGUAUAUUUAUGAUUCCUGCUUGUUUGUGCAGUUUACACUGAAAGAGCAUUUCACUGAAUGUAUCUCACUGCCUCCUGCAGGAUUAAUGACAGUUUCUCUGUGCUUCAAGCUCACCUGAAUCCUGAUUAUAAACAGAAACUUCUUUGAUAUCAGGACUAAGUUAGUGUGUGUGUGUGUGUUUUUUUGUAUACAUAACCUGAACACAGCAGUAUGACAAUUAUUGGCUAUACAUAAGAAAAUGUGUCACAAAUUCUGGCACAGAUAUAGAUAUGUGAAAGCAAAGUCAUUCAGUAAAACAGCUGCAAUUAUGACGACAAGCAAAGGCUUCUAAAACACUGUUUCUACAAAUUCUUACGCUACAUGCACCCACACCCACACAUACACGCACACACACUUAACUGUACAGACAUGUUCCUCUUAUUAUACAACUGAAUUUCAGGAGGCUAAGAGAAAAAAAACAGAUCUAUAAUUACACAAUAAAACAUCUGAAUACAUAGACAUACACAUUGGUUGAUAUAAAAUAAAUAUACAACUAAAAAUGUAUACAACAUUGCAGGUUAUUAUCAACAGAAUAACUGAAGAAGCUGCAGUAAAGGAUGAGGGGAGGGAACAGUCCUGAUGGGUCACACUAUCAGUCUGUGCCGCCAGAGCUGAUCCUCUCUUGCCUCCUCUUCAUGAUUUCCUGCAGCUCUGACUCCCCACUGGAAUUCUGAAAAAGACACUUCAGUUGUUAGAUUUUUAAAAAUACACUUUGAGGAUCCCAUAUUCACAAAACACCCCAAAAGAUGUAAAAGUGACAGAUCCUAGAAUCUAAAUGCGCUCAAUGGAGAAUUUUCACAAUCAACAGCAACAGAUAGGAAGUAAAGAUUAUUUUAGUGUGAAUGCUCCUUUAAAAAAGUUAUUUUAAUGAAAAGAAUUGGAUAACGGAACAAAAUGUGAGAUACACUGAAAUGAAACCUGUUAAAUCUGUCAUCUGUCAUAGUUGUUUCAAUGCCAGCCAAAAUAAAGCUGAGAGAUAACAGUU